AUGAGGACGAAAUCGGUCGCCCUCACGACAGCAUGGGUAUGCAAUUCGUGUCGUGCGCGUCAAGCAGCGCCGAAGCGGGUGCGACCGUUCUCGGUCUCAACUCACAAGUCGACCACCGGUAGCAAAAGCAGCACUGCUGAGCACACUCCACCUCGCCGAGGCAAGCUUCCCUCUACGCCGGCGAGAACACGUUUCGCACCAUCUCCAACCGGGAGCCUUCAUCUGGGAUCCAUACGCACCGCACUAUUCAACUAUCUGCUCGCCCGUGCGACGAAGGGUCAAUUCCUCCUUCGAAUAGAAGACACUGAUGCGAAGAGAACAAUCCCCGGCGCGGAGGACCAACUGUUCAAGGAUCUUAGAUGGGCAGGUCUACAAUGGGACGAAGGACCCCAGGUCGGUGGUCCAUACGGACCAUACCGCCAGAGUGAACGACUGCCGCUCUACGAGAAACACAUUCAAGCCCUCCUCAACAGCGGCCAAGCAUACCGCUGUUUCUGCACGGCCGACCGCCUCGACGACCUCAACCGCCGGCGGCACGAGAAGGGACUAAGUCUAGGCUACGACAGGAAAUGCCAUCACAGCAUCUCUCCUACUGAAGCAGAAGAAAAAGCCCAUCGCCGCGAAGCACACGUUAUCCGGUUCCUGUCCCCAGUCGAGUGGCCCAGGUACAACGAUCUUGUUUACGGCAAGGCUCAAGGCCACGGCGCCGAAAAGACCAAGAAACUCCUGGUAGUUGAACCGGUCUACGAGGAUGUCAUCCUCAUGAAGAGCGACGGCUUCCCUACAUACCACUGGGCGAAUGUCUGCGACGACCACGAAAUGCACAUCACCCACGUAGUCCGUGGCUCCGAAUGGAUGGCCUCGACACCCUUGCACGUCGCGCUGUACAACUCUCUGAACUGGACUGCCCCCUCAUACGCCCACGUGCCCCUGCUCGUCGACCAGAACAAACAAAAGCUCAGCAAGCGGAACUUCGACUCGGACAUAUCCAGUUUCCGCAACAAGGGGAUCUUCCCCGAAGCCCUCAUCAACUUUGCCGCGCUGCUAGGCUGGAGCCACACGCAAAAAAGGGACGUCAUGGACCUCGCGCAGCUCGAAUCCAUCUUCGACAUGAAAAUCACAAAGGGCAACACAAUCGUGUCCCUCGAUAAGCUCAACUUCCUGCAAGAACAGCACGCCCGUCGUAGGAUCGCUGCUGGGGGUGACAAGUUCGAACAAAUGAUCCGCGACGUCGCCGUGGCCGUGCUGAACAAAUACGGAGCCGGCCAAGUGAUGCAACUCCUCGCUUCGGGCACACCGAAACGAACGCUCCGUGACCUCAUCGCCCAACUCCUCCAGAUCGAGUCCCUGCACUAUCGCUCGCCCGCCCAAUUCGCCGAGCAAUGCGCUUUGUUCUUCGACCCCGUCCAGCCCAACGUGGAUCUUGACGUCGCGGAUCCCGCCCUCUUACACCCCCUCCGCGUCGCAGCGAGCACACUCACACUCAUCCCGGCCUCAUCGUGGACAAAAGAAGUGCUUCAUGCCCACUUGCGCGCGUUGGAGGCCUCUCCUCCCGAUGCCGACGCCGCCACGGAUACAAAGCCGUGGAAGAGGGAACUAUACCACUACCUCCGCUGGGCGAUACUCGGGGGCAGACAAGGGCCCGGCAUAGCUGAGGCGCUGGAGAUCCUCGGGCGAGACACGUGUAUUCGACGGAUCCAGGACGCGAAUGCCCGCGCGCGGGAUCUCGAGACAAUAAAGACCAGACCGGUCCUCAAAGCGGAAGGGUGGCGAGGGAACGCCGAGGGGAAGAGACGGAUCGAAAAAAAUUGGAAGGCUUACUCGUUGUAG